AACUUUCCCAAGCAGCAAUCCUUUGUCUCUCAUACAAUCCUCAAAACCAUUGGCUCAAAAAAGAGUCCCAUUCUCUCUCUCUCUCUCUCUCUCUCUCUCAUUAUGGGGCUUUUGAAAGUUUGGGUCACCAUUCUCAUGACCCCUUGUGCAAAUUUCUUGGGGAGGAAAUGGAAUCUUCUAGACCUUGUGACAGCUGGUAUGUUCUUGAGUGUGCAUUGCCUGGCUUUGUUUGCACCGUUUUACUUCACUUGGACUGCGUUUUUGGUGGCCUUUUGGCUGGCCUUUCUGACCGGUUUUGGAAUCACUCUUUCUUACCAUAGAAAUCUUGCUCAUAGAAGUUUUAGGGUUCCAAAAUUGCUUGAGUACUUGUUUGCCUACUGUGGGGUUCUCGCACUUGAGGGAAGUCCAAUUGAAUGGGUGAGCACACACCGAUACCACCACCAGUUUACUGAUACAGAAAAAGAUGCUCACAGCCCACUUAAGGGUUUCUGGUAUAGUCAUAUGGGCUGGAUCCUUGAUAGCAGUUCUCGGUUUGGAAGAGUAAUUAAAAACACCCUCUCUCUCUCUCUCUCUCUCUCUCUCUCUCUCUCAAGUAAUAGUUACACUUUUUUCUUUUGGUACAAAUGCUUACACUUAUUUUUGUUUUUUUUAAUGAGAAAUUUGCAGUAUGGGGGACUAAAGAAUGUUGAAGACAUGAAAAAGCAGCCAUUUUAUGUGUUUCUUCAUCAUACUUUCAUGCUACACUCAUUUGUUCUUGCAGGCAUAUUAUAUGCCGUGGGUGGACUUCCCUUCUUGGUUUGGGGAGUGGGCGUGAGAAUGGUGGUUGUUUUCCACAUUACUUUGUUUGUAAAUUCUGCUGGCCACACCUGGGGAUAUCAGACAUGGAACACCGGGGAUCUGUCUAGGAACCUUUGGUGGUUGGGAUUGCUUGCACUUGGAGAAGGCUGGCACAAUAAUCACCAUGCUUUCGAAUACUCAGCUCGACAAGGCCUGGAAUGGUGGCAAAUUGACUUGACUUGGUACAUCAUAAAAUUUCUUGAAGCUCUAGGACUGGCAACAGAUGUGAAAGUACCAUCCGAGGCUCACAGGAAACGGAUGGCUUUAAAGACAGAAUAAAUCCAUGGCUGCUCAAGAUUUGGGUUUCGACAUUUGGCUAGGCCUGGGAUGUCUAGCUUCAAACUCUAUUUGCUGUUUUAGGGUGAUAAUGAUAUUGUUCAUGCAUGUUGUGGACCUUAUUAUUGUUGAGAAUGAAUUGAUUCUAUGCUUGUAUUAGCAAUUAAUGCUUUGCUUUUAACCCGGCAUUUAUAACAAACUUGAGGGGUUUUGUUUCA